CAGUAUUCGGUAACCAUGGGAAUACAAGACUUACAAACGUUUUUGGAGACCGAGGGAGUCGGUGUGGAUUUAUUUAGAAUCGCCCGGAAUCACGCCGGCGGGUUCCGUCUGGUGCUCGAUGCGGAAGGGUGCCUUGACCGCCUCUACGGCGGAUAUUUUUCAGACUGGGCCUGUGGUGGACAAUGGGCACGCUGUGUCCAAUUUUUGACCACAUUGGCCCAGGCACUGGCUGAGCAUCAAGUGGCCCUGUGUGUCUGCUUCAAUGGGGCUCAUCCCACUCCCCCAGCUCUUCCUCACCACUGGAUCCAGACCCAAGCCACAUAUAGACAGAGGGUUAACUCUGUUCUGCGGCACAUUAUUACCAAAGGCACUCCACCACCAAAAGUAUGGUGGGUCCCACCAAUGGGAUUGCAUUCCUGCCUUCGAACUGCAAUGAGAUAUCUCAAUAUUCCUAUGAUGGUGUCUUCUGAUGAUCACUGCCAGGAAGUAGUUGGUCUCUGCCGUGAGAAGACUUAUGCUGGCUUAGUUGGGUGCUCUGGAGAGUAUUUAGUUUUCCAACCACCCAGAUACUUCAGCUCUUCACAGCUCAAACUUACGUACAGGUCGUCAUUGGAGACAAAAGAGUACAUGGUUCACGAGCUGCCAAAACUGCUGGACGUGCCACAAGACCGGCUUUGCUUGAUGGCCGCGUUGCUCGGAGGCACUAUUCUAUCGGAACAGAGUCUUACUGACUUUUACAAGCGAUUGGGGAUCACACAGAAAAAGCAAUGUCCCCCCGAGACUCUGAUCAAGAGCGUGUGCCACUUCGUGCGCGAGUUGGCCUCGGCUGACAUCGACGCGGCCUGUGUCGAGAUCUUCGGAGACCUCAACGACCUGCGCGCCGCCAAGCUCAAGCAAGCCGUGCAGUACUACUUGAAUGGAACCAAGGAUGGCUUCCUCAAAUACAGAACUGCUUCUGGACGUCGUCCGAAAACCAAUAAAAAGAACCAAAAUCAAAAGCCAGACAUGAGCCCGCCUUCCACAUCGGCGGAUAUGGACACCACCAAGCUAGCGACCGAGUCGACCGAACAUGAGCAAAAAGGCUUGGAAGAUUACAAAUUGGCUACAGCGAACGCGUCAAUGAACGCCGACUUUAGCGAGGAGCGCGUCGUGGAUCUCAACCAUGCGAUCGCGAACAUUUCGCUGGAAGGAGGUGACGUCACCGCCAAACCUCAAGCCGGCGCUACCGAGGACAAUAAAAAGCAGCAGCCACCGGUUAAAGAGAGUCGUCAAGCCGUGGCGAGCAAGGUCCCCCUUGGCGAGGACCUCUGUCCGCCGGCCCCCGCCGAGGUCUUGCGCACGUGUGCCGAGCGCCACGCGCGCGGCCUCAUGCACCCGCACAUGCUGUCCAUCCUCACGCACCGCCAGAUCGCCUUGCCGGUCCUCAUGGAGGACGACAACCACCGCGAAAUACCCUCAAUCCACCACUUCUUCAGGCCGAUAAGGCAGAAUGUGUAUGCGAUUCUCUACAAUAUGCAUCAUCAUCGCUUUAUGGCGCAGAAGGCUAAAGAGGAAGGCAUAUCCAACCCAUUAGGCGAGAGAGGCUGCUCAGUGCAGAUCGCUGAGUGGAUCUACUCCCGAGUGAAUCCAGGCAAAAGCCCGGAGAUGGUGCCCGGAGUGGUGCUCGACUGGCCUGUACCCACUGUGCAGAGGCUUUGGUUCGGAACGGCUCAAGACGAUAAAUGCCGUCGAAUGCGCGCGUUUCUCUCGUGUAUGCGCUCCGACACCCCUCUCAUGCUCAAUACCUCGUACGUGCCGCAGCAUCUGCUCAUCCUCGCUACUGUUUUGAGGUUUAUCAUGACGUCCCAAAUCCAAAUCCUGAGGCGGCCGGAGUUGGAUGCCUUCCUGGCUACAGCUUUCUCCAGCGAUCUCAUGAACGCCUUGCAUUUGCAAGAGAUGACUGUGAGUAUCAUACUUUAUCUUUUAUGA